AUGUCAAAAGUGUAUCAAUUGAACAAUAAUAUUACAGUGACGGAAGAACAAUUAAAUCAUUGGAAUAAAUUCUUGGGCACUCUAAGCACACCACAAGAAAUUCUAAGAUGGGCAAUUAUUACAUUCCCUAAUCUCUUCCAAACUACUGCAUUUGGCUUAACUGGGCUUGCUACCAUAGAUAUGCUAUACAAGAUUCAUUCACAGGAUGAACAAUACCCAUUGGUACCUUUGAUAUUUAUUGAUACAUUACAUAACUUCCCUCAGACAUUAGAUCUAUUGAAGGUUGUCGAGACGAAAUAUUAUCAACCACUAGGCCAAUCAAUCAAUGUAGUUAAACCUACCGGUUGUUCUGAUGAAGCUGAAUUUGCUAGCAAAUACGGUGAUUUAUUAUGGGAGAAAGAUGAAGAUAAAUAUGAUUUUCUAGCUAAAGUGGAACCUGCUAGUAAAGCUUAUAAGGAAUUAAGUGUUACUGCUGUUUUCACUGGUAGAAGGAAAUCUCAAGGUGCAUCUAGAUCAGAAUUAAAUUUUGUCGAGAUUGAUACGUUGAAUCAAAUUAUUAAGAUUAACCCUCUGAUGAAUUGGACUUUCAAUGAAGUUCAAUCAUAUAUUAACGAGCAAAAUGUGCCCACGAAUGAAUUAUUGAAGUUAGGUUAUAAAUCUAUAGGUGACUACCAUUCUACGCAACCCGUUAAAGAAGGUGACGAUGAAAGAAGUGGUAGAUGGAAAGGUAAAACGAAAACUGAAUGUGGGAUUCAUGAAACAAGUAGGUUUGCUCAAUUCUUAAAGGAGAAAAAUGCAACUGCAUCCCAAUCAAAAGCCUAG